UGUAUGCAUUUCUUUGUUAUAUAAUUAAAGGAAAUUCUACAAAAUGUCGCCUGAAACAUUAUCUUGUGAACGUUAGAUAAAUAUAUUUUAUAAUUCGUUUCGUCAAAUUAAGUUAACAAAUAUUUAAUUUACCAGUAAACAUUGCUAUUUCCGGUUUCAAUGCAUUAUAAGGAAGUAUUCUUGAAAAAAAAAAAUGCAUCGCCAAAUAUUAGGCUAUAAUUAAUUCACCAUUUCUUACAGUUCGGAGCAGGUCUUUUGUUAUGAUGGAUUCACCGUUGAAUUCGGCACAUCAGUUUGCAAGAAGAGCGGAAACCAUGCUAAAAGCUGGAAAUUUUGAAGGUGCUAUACAAUGUCAUGCAAGUGCUUCAGAGUUGAUUUUAGAGGCCAUGACACAGACAUCUUCAAACUAUGCUCUUGAGUCUAUGAACUUACAGCAUCGACAUCACCUCAAGAAAAUGGACUUCAUUCAAGAAAAGUGCAAUAAGAUCGAAAAAUACAAUUCCAAGCGAAUAUCUAAGGGGGACAAUUGUGCAAAUAAAGAAUGUCAAACAGAUAACAUUGAAGCAAAUAUUAGAGACGCGCUCUUUGAUGUUACUGACAGUCCUUUACAAUUACAAAAUGAAGUAUAUCAAUCAUUAGCUGAAACAGAUACUUUGUUACAUAUUUUAGAAAAUCGUUGCUCAAGUCUAACGGGUACGUCUGGGCUUCCAACCACUUUGGCCCAAAGACCUAGAUUGAAUUAUAACAAGCAUCCAAAAGACAGUCAAACAAUUAUCGAAGAAUUAAAUAUUCACAACAACUUAUUACGAGGUCAUGUGGAACAAAUGGUAACUGAAAUUGAGCAGCUCAAAAAAGAAAAAAACACCCUGAGUCAUAACUUGCAGGCAAGCAAAGAAAAUAAUUUAACGUGUGACAUUUCGGAAGGACAUUUUUUUCAAGAAGAUUUUUAUGACCUGCCUCCAUUAGAGAUGCCAACCUUGGAUCCAUUGUUCUUUCAAGAUGAAACAAAGGAAACCGAUGAAAACUUGCCGUGUGAAAAAUUAAAUGCGCUGACAUUGAAAUAAAAUAAAACAAUCAGUUGUGAUUUUGAGAACUCUUUGCGCCAAUGAUAAAAUAAAUGUGAUAACCCAUCUAUUUAUGAAUUAAUGUUUAUUAUCGUUUUUUGUUAUUCUACAUGUAUUUUGUAUGAUUCCAUUUAUGAUAAAAAAUGAUAUUCUUAUACAUGUAUGAAAUGAAAUGGGAUUUAACGUCCUACUGUUCUGCUCCGACUGGGCUAAUGAAGACAGUGUACAUACAGUGGACUCAGUCGCAUCCGGCUUCUGAAUCUGUCACAUCCGGCUUCUGAAUACUACAGCAUUCUGUGAUAUCCGUUAUUUCCUUAUUACCUCAAUCCCAAAAAUUUGCAUUGAAUUAACAUUGUAUAAUCCGGCCUUUAAUCCUUUGGUGUUCACUUACAAAAGAUUGAUAGGCAAUCACAAAUCAAUUAUCAGUGAGAUUAAUACUCAUGUUGGUAUUUGUUGAUUACCAUGAUAUCGACAUAAGGACGCACGAGUGGUUUCAACAUCAAAGCCAUUUAACGUUCGGCACAACUUGUCCAAUUCUACAAAUCUAGGGUACCGGAGUCUGCCACGGUUUGUCAAAGGAGCCUUGAAAGUUAAUGGCGAAAGGCGAGUGUUGAUCUCGGUACCGUUGAAGAAAUCUACAUACGCUUUCCGUCUAUUAUUGAAGGGUAUUUUCCUGAAAACAUUUUUAAUUGUAAUGAAACCGUUUUAUUUUUAAGAGCAUUACCCGACCGGUCAUUGUGAGAUAAAAGUGCGAGCAUUGUAGCAACAUAAAUAUUAAGUAUUUGACACCAAAUAGAUACAACCGAAGAUUAUACUUCCGGUAUUCAAAGGUACAAUAAUACUUCCUGUAUUGAGUAUUCCGUCAUGCUCUGUAAUCCAGCAUAUUUGAAUGAUCCCAUUUGAAUGGAUGUGACAAGAGUCCACUGUAUGUACACUUUUUCAAGGUAUAAUGGUAGUUUUAUAUAAUACAUUAAGGUAUUUUUAUUGUUCCAUCAAUUUUAAAUAUCCCAAACUUGACUCACUGACAGGUCUAGUGCAUAAGCGAUAUCAAACUGAUCAACAGUAAAUAAUGGAGAUAUUGAAAUAUGGUGGUCAUGAUAAUAACGGUCAAAUGUUUAGUACGUGUAUGUUUGUGGGCAAAUAUUCAAAGCAGUAUGUUUACAGAUUCAAGAGCAUCUUCUUGUCUGGCAGCAAUAUGCCCUAAAAAGUGGAAAAGGGUUCCAUCCUGGUGUAAAUUCUCUGGAUUCGUACAUCUGUUUCUAGUAUGGAAGAGGUUAUUCAUAACCACCACAGUAUUUAGGGUUAGUGGGUUAGGGAAACUUUAUAUUGGGACAUUUUGUAUAAGCACAAGGGUUAGGGUUAUCUUUAUUUGUGGUUAUUAAUAACUUAUUCCUUUUUUAGAAUUAUAAUUUUUGAAAGAUCUGAGGUUGAUGAGAAAAUAAGUGAAGAACCAAUAUAGCAGCCAUAUUAUUAAGGCAGCACUGUAACAUCAUUCCAUAGUGGAUAAAGAAUACAAUGUAUUAUUUUUUAUAUUGAUUUUUAAAUUCCUCUUUGACAUAUUUCAUGGCAGUUCUCUUAAAUCAUAUGUUUUUAAUAUUUUGGCAUUGUUGUUGUUAGUGAGUAAUAUAAAGAAGUCUUUCAAAAUGCAAUGAUUUCUUAAAAUUAUAUGCAGUUACACAUUAUAUGGCUAUUGUAGUGGUAGUUAAUUGUUUUGAAAUUUAUAUGCAUUAUUACAUUAAUAGUAAGAUGAAGAAGCUGGUCAAAUGUUAUACCUUUGAAAAACAUUACAUAAUUUUGUUGCUUGGUUAGUCAUUGCAUUUUAUUUGUGUGUUUUGUACAAGGGUCAUAUUGAUAUGAUGUCUGUAUCAUCAUGUGAGUACUCUUCAAGAUAUAUUAAUCAUUUAAUGUUUUUAAAAUUUAGUGUGACUAAGAGGUCAAUUGAAUUAAAGUUACUUUUUGAUUUACUUAUCCUAAGUUGUUGCACAUGACCACUUUAUAGAAUCUUAUCAAUGCUCCAACAACAAAAUUUGCCAACUUGUUUUAAUUACUUGUAGUGUUAUUGCCCUUGCUCACUUUGUAGAAUCUUGUAAAUGCUUAAAGAUGCAUUAUGUAAGAUUUACAUAAAGAGCUUGCUAUAAUAGUUAAAAGCUAGAUAAUGAAUAGGGAAUAUCUUGAAAAUUUUAGUCAAAUUACUUCAUUCUGAGCGUUGUUUGGGCUGUUCUGAGAAUAGCGAAGUAUUGGUUGUCAUUGUUACGAUAGUAAACAAAGUCUUGGUUAUUCAUUUUUUAAUCAAGUCAUUUACCACUAGUCGUAUUUAAAUCUGUUGAAAUUCUCUAGCAUCCCAUGAUAUCGAAAGUUGAUUAUAGUCUUGACAAGUAAAUAAAUAUCUAAUUAAUAAUUUAUGUAACAUUUAAGGCCUAAAGAAAGACAUGCAAUUGGCAGAUGUAUCUCUUGUAUAAUGCAUCUUUUAGAAAGUGAUCAUCUGCUCUGCUUGAAAUUUGUAUGCAUUGCUCAGAUUAGUGAAAUGAAGAAUCCCAUUAAAUAUCAAACAACAUCAUCUAUCGAUCACUUUUGUGUUAUGGCCCUUGCUCACUUUGUUGGAUCUUAUGUUCUAGCAACAUUCUGCUUCAUAUUUAUACACAUUGUCAGUGAAUGUUAAUCACUUUUCAACUGGUUACUUUAAUUAAUUCGAAAGUUAAGGCCCUAGCUCUUUUGUAGAAUGUUAUCAAGGCUGUUAAUAGUAAUAGUCAUCAUCUGAUCUACUUUAAAUAUAUACGGUUUGUUUUAAUUAGUUAUUAAUACAACAUCAAUUGGGUUAUUACCAAAAUUGGUAUCAAACUAUUUUUCCCAAUGCUUGACAAAUUGGUAUCACACUAAAUGACGGUCUGAUGUCCAUAGCUUCCAUCUGUUGUAUUGUAAAUGCAUGUUAAUUUUAAAUUAAAACAUGUUAUUUUCAUACCAUUACUGUCAAAAAACAAAAUUGGGACCACUUUAAUUAAUAUGUAUUCCUUUAUUGUUACUGCUUAUGUUUUUAAGAAAUAUUUUCUAAUGUAAUUUAAAAAUUUGUUGUUAUUGAUAAUAUGUACAUAUGUUUAUGAUAUAUGAUACAUGUGACUGUUGUGAUUAAAUAAUUAUCAAUU